UCACGGGCGGCCGAGCACCAUCCGAAUAGCGCGCGCUCUAACUGCCAUCACUAUUAGCUUAGUGUGUUCGCACACAAGGGUUUUUUUUUCUCUCCUUCUUACUAUCAUUAUUGGCCUUUGAUUUGUUAGCCUCUUAUUCCCUGUUCAAGCCUUGUCCAAUAGAGCCAUGGCGACGGAACAACGGAAGCCACUUCCCUUCAUUGCCAACUUUGCGGCGGGAGCGAUCGCUGGAGUGUCGGAAAUCUUGACUUUUUACCCCCUCGAUGUUGUGAAAACUCGUAUGCAACUUGAGACCGGCAAAUCCAAACAUGGAAUGGUUGGAACGCUAACAGCGAUCGUCCGUGAGGAAGGUGUAGGAAGAUUAUAUCGAGGCUUGGUACCUCCCCUCCUCCUCGAGGCACCUAAGCGCGCUGUGAAAUUCGCUUCGAACGAUUUCUGGGGGAAGACAUACCUUAAACUUUCUGGCGAAUCCAAAAUGACCUCCCAACUCUCCAUCAUUACCGGAUGCAGUGCUGGGGCCACUGAGAGCUUCGUUGUUGUGCCAUUCGAGCUAGUAAAGAUCAAACUACAGGAUAAGACCAGCACCUUUGCUGGCCCUAUGGAUGUGGUCAAGCAGGUGAUUAAAAAGGAGGGCGUUUUAGGCCUCUAUGCUGGUAUGGAGGCUACAUUUUGGAGACACUUUUGGUGGAAUGGCGGAUACUUUGGUUGUAUUCACCAAGUACGUGCUAUGAUGCCCAAGGCAGAGACGCCUCAGGGCCAGUUGUUCAACAACUUUGUCUCUGGAUCUGUCGGAGGUUUCAUGGGCACCGUCCUUAAUACCCCAUUCGAUGUGGUGAAAUCCCGUAUUCAAAGUGUCAGCAAAGUGCCGGGUGUAGUUCCCAAGUACAACUGGACAUACCCAGCGCUUGUCACAAUUUUCCGAGAGGAGGGUCCCGCAGCUCUCUAUAAAGGAUUUACCCCCAAAGUACUUCGACUCGCACCAGGUGGCGGAGUGCUGUUGCUUGUGGUAGAAUUCACUCUCAAUAUCUUUAGACAAGCUCUUGGACCGCCUUACAUAUAGAUGCUUAUGUACUGCUGGCUUUCACAUUAUGCGUA